AGAAGCGCGCGGUCACGACUUCCGGGUUUGUUAGUCCAACUAGCUAUGACUCGUUGUAUUUUAUACCAUGUCCGGGUAGUGUGCAUAUAACUAGAACAAACGCGGAAUACGUCACAAUCUUUGUAUUCGCUGUACAGAACAAAUCUCCAUCACAAUGCCAUCAUUCGCAAAACUCACUGAUCCCGUCAGCAUUCCAUCGAAGCAUCCAAAAGGACCUGUUCCAGCGGUUCAGUUCGGUAAACCAGGGGUGGACUCUAAAGUUGGCAUCAUUGUCCUUCAGGAAUGGUGGGGAAUAAACGAUCAGAUUUUGGAGGAGGCACAGACGAUAGCGAAGAUGGGCAACUUCAUCACGAUUGUUCCCGAUCUUUACCGCGGCGAGAAAGCGGUCGACAAUGAACACGCAGGACACCUGAUGGACGGCCUUGAUUGGCCCGGAGCAAUCGAAGACAUCCGUGGCUGCACCAAAUACCUCAAAGAGAAAGGCUGCACGAAAGUGGGCGUCACCGGCUUCUGCAUGGGUGGGGCACUGGCCAUGGCGUCGGCGGCAAUGAUCACAGAGGUCGAUGCCUCGGUGCCUUUUUACGGGAUUCCCGGAGACGGUUUGUGUGACAUUUCGAAAAUACAGGUUCCAUUACAGUGCCACUUUGGGUGCAAGGACGCGAUGAAUGGGUUCACGGGGCCCGAGGACCAGGUCAAGAUGAAGGAGAAGCUGGACAAGGGAAAAGUUCGAUACGAGUUUCACUCCUACGAAGCUGGACACGCGUUCACGCACAAAGGCGGGCCGAACUUCAACCAGGAGGCCACAGACCAGUCUCUACGGCGCAUGUGCGAAUUCUUCAAAAAACAUCUUUAACAAUUGACGGGUUAUUGUUUUUGAGGAUGCAAUUCCUGAACUGUUGUCAUCGUAGGUUGGCUACAAAUAAACAUUUGAUUUGCGGACGAAAAUACAGGAAACAAUCCGAUUUGUGUCAUUUACUUACUUACUUUAUAAGUAGCCUAUUUGACAUGCCUAUAUCCAAUUAAGGUUCAAGUACGCUGUCCUGGGCACACAGUCCAGCAACCUCUCCAAGAUUUGUGUUUUCAACAACUGUUAGUUUCGCUUCUGAAUGUUUCAAAUGUUUGUUUUUUUGGAACUUUCUACUACAUUGUCAACCACAAAAAUAUAAAUGGAAAAAUAUAUUUUUGAUAUUUCACCAAUAUUUGUCAUUGAUGAAUUCUAAAAAUGGCUAAGAACUAUGUGGUAAUUUAUUUUACUGGUAUUAUCAGGCAUUUGACUUGGCUGUAAGUUGUAACGUAGAUGUAAUACGACCAGUUGUGGACUGUUUUACCUGUAUCAAGGUAGCUUUCUUCAAUAACUUCACGUUAUAGGGAAAUAAUAAAAGAUUUUGUUAAUAAUUUUGAAAGUGUACCGACGUGCAGCCUACUUCAAUAUUUUUCAUAAUAAAUAAAUAUACACGUAUGUACUUUUAUUUAGUGUAUACUUUAUUAUGCAGUGUACACUGGAGGCUGAAAACCAGUGCUAAUAACAUUUGAUAAACCUCUUAAAUGUCAUGUCAUAUUAUUGAGAGUUACUUAGAACUAAGGUGUUGUUAUGGUUUAUUUAUUUCAUACCCAUUUCAUCUUACUACAGUAAUAAAGAUCAUUCUUACAGUG